UCUAGUGGAUUUUAAGAUUCGAUGCACAAUAUUGAAAUGACAGUUACUAACAUGACAUUCAUGGUGUGUGAAGCAGGCUUAUUUUCCGCCUGCUUUCACUGAAGUGAUGUCACCUGAGAUGAGAGAUUAUAGAUACAAUUUUACAUGGUGAUUAACAUGAAUGCUCAUUCACCAUACUGUUUAAUAUAUAAGACAUGUUAUCUCCACCCUACGUAGAUAGACUGCUGUUAUAUAUAUAUAGCAAGUGAAAGUAGAUUAUUUUCGUUAAUGGUGGAGACACUUUGAAACAUCACUAGUACGUAUAUUGAACAUUUAUACAAAUUAGUGUAAAAGUAAGUGUCAUAGACAGCUGUGUGGAGGAAAUGAAGCCAUGCGUUAAACCAUCAAGCUAUCAACAAGGUGAUCGUUUGGUUAUGAUUUGUAUUUUAGUCGUGUAAAAUAAUAUAUUGUGAUCUGGCCUGAUCUAAAAGACUCAAAGUAAGAGACAGCAUACAGGUGUAUGGGAAAGAAAUGAAGUCUUGUUUUAUACAAUUAUAAAAAAACGUGAUCGUUCAUGUGGAAAGACCUAAAUAUCCUGUCUGUAACAAAUGUUUGUAUGGAAAGAUAAGGGGCUGAAUAUUUGAUAUUGUCAGAACAUUUUACGGGAUAAUAACUUGAUAAAUAUUCUGUCUUAAUUCAUUUUGAUAAAAUACAAUGGCUGAACAGACAUACAGGGAAGUAUGCAGUAUUUGUUUAAACGACUUUCAGGAACCUAAAAUUAUUGACUGUCAACAUUCUUUCUGUUACAACUGUCUAGAGGACUAUGUUCACAGAACGUCAACUAAUGGUCAGUUUCUUUGUCCACUGUGCCGUCAGAAUAUUAACCUCCCUGAAGGUGUUGUGAAGCAAAUGGCAAAUAACUCAAAUCUACAGAUUCAACAAUGUGACGUGUGUCCAAACAUUCAAGCAACAUGUCGAUGUCGUGAUUGUCAACAACAUUUAUGUGAUUCAUGUAAAUCAACGCAUGAUAAGUUUGUUGGUUGUAAAGGACACAGUGUGGUCACGAUAGAUGAAAUUUCAAAACAAUACUUGCAGGAAAAGUGCUCUGAGAUUCCAGAUGAUGAUAUAAAAGAAAAUAUAUCUGAGAAUUCAGGAAGCGCGCCCGUUCACCCUGCAGAUUUUUGUCCAAAACACUCGGAAAAUAAAAUAGAAAUUCACUGUAAAGAUUGUUUGGUGGCCGUUUGCUUUAAAUGCUUUGUUAAAGAUCACAACGGUCAUACAUUUCUGGAUCUACAAGAAGACGAUGUACGUGAAAAAAUUAAAGACGAACUAAAAACACUGAAAGUAGAAGUAGAAGAACAUAUCAACAAACUUCAAAAUCAUUCUAUAUCUUUACAAAGUAAAUUAUCUGAAGUGGAAGAAGUGGCAAAAGUAGCUUGUGCGAACGUUGAUACGCAUGUCAAAAACAUUUGCGAUAAAAUUCACGAAAUUGGAGAAAACAUAAAAUUAGAAAUUCAAAAAACCUGCAACGCAGAAAAUGAAAAAUUCACAAAGUUGAUGACAGACAUUAAAAGUCUGACGGAAUAUUUACAAUUUGGUGUCAAAUUUUCUACGAAUAUUUUAGAAAAUACUUCAAUUGUUCGAGUUUUGGAGAGACUGCCAAAAGUGCGCCAGGAAGCAGACAAAUGUCGAUCCAGAAAGUUUAAUAUCCCGGAUAUAAUGUAUCCAUCAUUUACAGAAACGGAGAUGAAUGAAAGAGUGCUUCGAAACCAAAUCGGUGAAGUAGAUAUACACCAUGAAACAAGAUUUAUUAAGACAUUUCAAAUCAAUUCGUUCAGAUAUGUUGAUGGGUUCUACAGUUCUGUUACAACAUUUCAGGGUUUACGGUGGUAUGUCAAGGCACAAAAAUGUUCACAUGGCAAUCCAGGCUUUUAUCUAUGUCUGAAAGACACAGGCCGACGUUCAGAUAUUUUAUCAUGUCAAGUUGAUUACUCCCUGAAACUGAUCAACCAUAAAGAUGAAAAUAAAUCGGUGACAAGGCACCGUACACGUAAUUUGAACCAUUUUGAAGACCACACAGGAUGGGGAUUUGACAAUUUUAUUCAAUGGGAUAUAUUCAAAAACCAAGAAAGUGGGUUUAUCGAUUCCACCAACCACUUCAAUAUACAAUUAAUUUUGAAACUAACAGAUAUUAAAAGAGCAAAACCACGUCGUAGAAAUAAACACUAUCGUUAUCGCUAUCAGCACUAUAAUUGAUCUAUAUUUUCACUUAUCACUACAACUAACAUAUAUUUAAUAAUUCAUCACUACAACUGAUCUAUAUGUAUUAG